GGAAAAUUGUGACGUGAUAGACCAAUUUUGAGGACAGCAUCGUUUUCAGCGUCAAAAAAUACUUCGGAAAUGAUACUUCGCAAGCCAAAAACAAAAUCAGUUUUCCACAGUGUUAUACAAAUCGAAUUACUAGAUCCAUGCAAAACUGCAAAAUGGCACUGAUAACGACUUAUUGGGGCUUGGAUGGCAUGAUCAUUCUUAUGACCCUCAUAAUAACUGCCUACCUUUACAUGACACGCAAAUUCAAGUAUUGGAAGAAACGAGGCAUUUUAGAAGUAACACCAAUGCCUUUCUUUGGCAAUUUUAAGGAGUGUCUAUUUCAGAAGAAAGCUCCGGCAUAUUUCCUAAAGGAUAUCUACGAUAAAAUGAAGGAUCUACCCUAUGUGGGCUUCUACGUGUUGGACAAACCCUUCCUGCUGGUUCGCGAUCGAGAACUCGUCAAGAAUAUUUUAGUGAAAGAUUUCAAUUACUUCUCUGAUCGGUACAAUACGGCCGAUCCGAUCGAUCGCAUAGGUUAUGCAAAUCUCUUUUUUAUAAGGAAUCCAGCCUGGAAAGUAGUAAGAACAAAACUUACGCCAUUCUUCACAUCUGGCAAAAUGAAGAAAAUGUUCGAUUUGAUGUUAAUAUGUGUAAAGAAUUUAGAUGAAUAUCUCGAUAUGCUAGAAUUGGAAGGUAAUGGAAAGACGAUAGAAGUAAGAGAGUUAACCGCCAAAUUUGCUACGGAUAUAAUCGGAAGCACCGCUUACGGACUUGACGUGAAUUCGUUCAAAGAUCCAAACGCAGAGUUCCGCAAAUACGGCAAGAUGAUAUUUCAAUAUGAUACAUAUCGCAGCUUUGAAAUGCUCGCAAUAUUUUUCCUUCCAACUAUAGUCCGUUUGACACGAAUAAAGAUGUUCGGCAAAGAGCCCACUGAUUUUAUGCGUAAAGUUUUUUGGGAGACACUAACUCAGCGUAUAAAAUCUGGUUUGAAGAGGAACGAUCUCAUCGAUAUUCUUCUCGAAUUAAAAAAUAAUAAUAAUAAUGAUGAGGAUCUUAAAGAUUUCACAUUCGAUGGUGAUGAUCUCUUGGCACAAGCAGCCAGUUUCUUCUCAGCUGGUUUUGAAACCUCUUCAACGACUACGACAUUCGCGUUGUAUGAACUCGCGAUGCAACCUGAAAUACAGAACACUUUGCGAAAAGAAAUCUUCGAGGCACUUGAGAAAUCCAAUGGAAAAAUUACAUACGAUAUGGUAUGGUCAUUACCAUAUCUCGAUAUGGUGAUGUCAGAAACAUUGAGAAUGUACCCGCCAUUGGGAUAUCUAAAUCGCAUGCCUAAUCAGACUUACAAAGUGCCUAAGUUCAAUCUCGUAAUUGAAAAAGGUACACCGGUUUACAUUUCGAUGCUUGGCCUACAUUAUGAUCCAGAAUAUUUCCCCAAUCCCAAUAAAUUCGAUCCAGAACGAUUCAAUGAGGAGAACAAACGUAACAGACCACCAUGUGUCUAUUUCCCAUUCGGAGAAGGUCCACAUGCAUGUAUAGGCAAUCGCUUUGGGCUCUUGCAAACGAAGCUAACACUACUUAAGGUCUUGAGCAAAUGCGAGGUGACACUGUGCAAAGAAACUUUGGUACCAGUAAGAAGUUGUGAAAUGGCGCUAACAGACUGCUGGGCCCUGGAUGGCAUAAUAAUUCUAACAAUUCUCAUUAUAACCGCCUACCUUUAUAUGACUCGCAAUUUUAAGUAUUGGAAAAAACGGGGCGUGUUGGAAAUAACGCCAACACCUUUCGUGGGCAAUUUUAUGGAAUGUCUACUUCUAAGGAAAGCCCCGGCAUAUUUCCUAAAAGAAAAAUAUGAUCGAGCGAAGGGUGAACCUUAUGUAGGGUUCUACAUUCUGGACAAACCUAUCUUAUUGCUUCGCGAUCACGAGAUCAUUAAGAGUAUUUUGAUAAAAGACUUUAAUAUCUUCUGUGACCGAUACGCCACGGGUAAUCCAAAAGACCGUAUUGGAAACUCCUCUCUCUUUUUAAUUAAUAAUCCUACUUGGAAGAUUUUAAGAGCAAAAUUAUCACCAUUCUUUACUUCCGGUAAACUGAAAAAAAUGUUUGGUUUAAUGCUAGAAUGUGGGAAUCAUUUAAAUGAGUAUCUCGACUCUUUAAAGUUAGAUGGUAAGGGACAAAUAAUAGAGGCGAAGGAUAUAAGCUCUAAAUUAACCAUGGAUGUGAUUAGCAGCACUGCUUAUGGACUCGACGUGAACACGUUCAAAGAUCCAAAUCUUGAUUUUCGCAAAUAUGGCAGGAAGAUGUUUAUGAAUAAUUAUCCGCGCGCUUUAGAGAUACUUACAAUGUUCUUCCUUCCAGACAUAGCUCGUAUAGCUCGUCUAAAAUUGUUCGGUACGGAGACCACCGCUUUUUUGCGCAAGCUUUUCUGGGAAACAAUGACUAGACGCAUGGAAUCCGACGAGAAAAGACACGAUCUUAUCGAUAUUCUGAUCGAACUCAAGAAAAACAGUCAUGAUGAUAAAAUUGAAGGCUUUGAAUUGGAUGGAGAUGUUCUCAUGGCGCAAGCGCUCAGUUUCUUCUCAGCCGGUUUCGAUACAUCCGCAAUGCCUGUUGUUUUCACGUUGUAUGAACUCGCAUUACAACCUGACAUUCAGAACAUCCUAAGAAAAGAAAUACACCAAGCGCUCAACAAUUUCGAUAGAAAAAUGACAUAUGACAUGAUCACUUCGCUACCGUAUAUGGAUAUGGUGAUAUCGGAAACUUUAAGAAAAUAUCCUCCAUUGGGAUUUCUGAAUCGCAAGACAAUGGAGACUUAUCAAAUACCGAAUUUUAAUCUCGUACUUGAAAAGGAUAUGCCAGUUUAUAUCCCAAUGCAUGCUCUACAUUACGAUCCGGAAUAUUUCCCCAAUCCUGAAAAAUUCGAUCCAAAGCGAUUUAAUGAGAAGAACAAACGUAAUAUGCCAUCAUGCGUUUACUUUCCUUUUGGAGAUGGUCCACAUGCGUGCAUAGGUAUUCGCUUUGGACUGUUAUUGAUAAAACUGGCGCUCAUUAAAAUGUUGAACAAGUAUGAAGUAACACCAUGCGAAAAAACUACGAUACCAGUGAUCAUUGAUCCAGCAAUGUCUAUGACAGGACCGUUAAAUGGCGUAAUGUAUCUCAACAUGCGAAAAGCUAAUACUGUUACUGAUUAAAAUUUGACAAAAUAUUAUUGAUAUAUUAUGGUAUACUUACAUUUUUGUAUUAAAAU